CCGUUGUUUUGCAAAGCAGUGUUUCACAACCAGUCCGAAAGCAAACCAUGUCAGCUCCCGAACUGCCAUGAAGGAAACCCAGCGCCAAGCCAGUGUACUCUUCAUCGGGUUCCGACCUACUCAACCGAAGCAAUUAUAUACCUCCUACUACCAAUGCUACUUCCCGUAGACAUAACCUAGCUGGAGCGCCUGUAUUAAUCAAGAUCAUGGAUCGCGUCGACUCAGCCUACACAAAGAACCUACCCAUCCAUCACUACCAGCCAGAAAAGACGCCAUGGCGUCGACUGGGACAAUACCUCUAUCGCGUUAUGGAAGACGGGACGCACACUCAAUAUCGUCUCGCCGCAAUCGAAAGUCUCCUUCCGCCUCACAGCGAGGGUCCGGUGUUCCAUUUCCAUGAAAUGCAUGAUGAGGGGUUUUACGUUACCAAAGGAACCGUCCGCUUCCACAGCCCCGGCCGUGCCGACGUUGAUGCCAAAGCCGGCGACCUGAUCAUCGUACCUAUCCGUCUGCCUCAUCGAUUCAGUAACCCUUUCGACGAAGAAGCUGUCUUUAUGAACACAGCCACGCCGGGAUUCUUUGUGAGGUACUUUGAGUAUCUUGAGUACUUGAUUGGGGAGGGCACGGUGCUUACGCCGGAAAUCAACAAGGCCGCGCUGAGAAGGUUUGCGACUGUGCUGGUAAGUAAGGAGGAGGUGGAAAGUUUGGAGAAAGAGGGGAUGAGGAGUGAGAGUGUAGCUGAAAUUGAGACUGAGACUGAGGGGGAGAAGUUCGUGGAUUUUUUGGCCGAGGAGAACAAGGGUGAAGAGCCGUAG